AUGCCGAGCUUUAAGGACCUCUUCAAGCAAUGCACAAAGCGGCUUCGGCGCUUUGGCAACCGAAUCGACAUAUCUGACAAGUGCGAUGCCGCCACCGGUGGCGCUGGAAACACUGAUGAGAACCGAAACCAGGAGAGCGAAAGCCAGCCAAUAUCCACCGCAGCAGAGCCUGAUCCCUCAGAUGCCCAAGACCAAGAACUUGAAUACAUGAAUUUGCCCCUAGGUGUUCAUGAGGAGCUUCAGAAGUCCAUCCGUCUUCACAGACAGCUUAUAGCUUUCGAGGAAGACCACACCAAGACCAUCAACACUCUUCAAGCCAGAUUCCGCUAUGUCAAGAGGGAGAUCAAGGAGUUGCAAGAAGGUAUUGCGAAGCUCGAGGCUGAGGAUCCUGGAGCUAACGAGAACGAUAUCGAGAUCAAAAAGUUUGAUCUUGAGCCAUUGCUUCGAGAGAAGGAGGAGCUCUUGGACCAGCGCGACGAGGCCAAUGAUGAGCUGGAUGCGAAGUGCCGGAGUUUCAGGAGCGAGACCUUCCACCUAUUGGAGCUGUGGCGGCAGGUUAUUGGUGAUUGCGAAGAGGCUCGUGAGGGAGAAGACGAGAGUGUUGAUCCAACUGGUCACCAUAUUGAUGAACACUGGCCAAUCGAGGCCACUGCUGACCUGUCGAGCGCUGAAGAGCAACGAUCCAAGGACGAGGAACCCGCCAGCUCAAAUACGCCAGGCCCCCUGAGCGAACAAGCUCGACCCCCGACCCCAGAACCACAGUCUCAAGACCCUCCUCCCAAUGCCGAAGAGCUUCUCGAAGACUACAAGCGGUGUUGGAGAGAGCUCGAAUCCGCCGAAUGGUGUCUGGACAACCGCGACCUGCGCUUCGACGCUGACAUGGAAUGCUGUUAUAGACUGUAUCAAGCCAAAGCCCCGGGCUUUGAGACCAAGAGCCAAGUCGAGCGACGUCACUUCCGCGAGACUCAAGAGAUCACUCAGCGGAUCAUCACGGCAGAGGAAGAGCUUGAGAAGGCUGAGCAGGCUUUGACCGCUGCGGGGAUCCAUCCACCUGGCUCGGAGUAUGGCCUGGGAAUGGUGAAGGAUGUUGAGGAUGGGUAUCGAGUGAGUGAGGAAGUUGAGGAUAUUGAGACCGGGCAAGAUAGUCGGGUUCAGAAGUGGCUGAAGAAUGUUCCGAGCUCGAUCGAGGGUGACGAUGCUUCUGAGCCGGAAGUAUGGGACAGCUUGAGCAUGGUUGCGGAAGGUCGCCAGAAGAAGAAGAUCGUCCAGUGGAGAGAACAAGCCGAAGCUGCUGCUCCGGCUAUAGUGGAAGCUCAGCCUCUUCCUGUACCUGAGCGUACUUCGCCGAAGGGCUGGAAGUCGAAGACGUGGAAGGUUCUCAAGGAUCUGGCGAAGAGUUAUCCGGCAGUGCCGCUGUUGCUAUGA